AUGGAAGGUGUGGGGAAUGAAGGUAACGAGAGUGGUAAUCUGGCUGAUUCGCAUGCGAACGUGAGCGUCACUCAACCUAAUCCUCCAACCAAGUCUCCAACUUCAUUGCAUGGCUCCUGGAUGAUAAGCGUAGGACAAGGGAACAAAAUGGCUCUAAACAUAACACCAAACUUGCAAGACCUCGAGGGCUUGGUGGAAACACCAAUCACGGUUGAGGGUAUUUCCAAUACCAGAGGCGAGUCAAAGGACAAAAGAACAAGGAUAAAUAACAAGGGAAAGAAAAGUCAGACCGUUACCAAAGAUAGCCCCACGCCCAAGGCUACUCCAACGGCGUCGAUGAAUAACAGUCUCUCGGAUAGACGCUUUGUGUUUGGUAAUGUCGCUACUCCGAGAUCUUCGGGGAGUGGGAUGGAGGGGGUGGGGAAUCGGUUCACAGUUAACCACGCGAAAGGUUUGAUGUCUGAUUCUCAGCUUGGCGCCAUUUGUUUCCUUGAGACUAAAACUAACAACGUCUCUAGGCUAAACAGAAUGGCCAAGUCUUUGGGUUUUGAUAAAAUGUUUAUUGUUAAACCACUCGGUUUUGCGAGUGGUCUAACUCUCCUUUGGAGAUCAAAUAUUUUUAAUUUUUCUGUGAUCAGGAAUACUACGCAGGUUAUUCAUGGUAUCGUUCGUGGUCCCGGCUCUAACGUGCGGGUCUCUUUCGCUUACGUAAGGCCCACCCGAGUUGCCAAGGAGAGUUUUUGGAGUGACUGCAAGACCUACAACAUCAACCUUAAUGACCCCUGGAUCAUGAUGGGGGAUUUUAAUGAUAUUGCCGAUAAUACAGAACAAUGGGGGAGUUGUUCGAUUAAUUCUGGGCGCUGUCUAAAGUUCGUGGAGGAGUUUAGCGGUUGUGGCCUCUUGGAUAUGGGGUCCAUUGGCGUCCAAUACUCGUGGUUCAGGCAUGAGGGUGGUAGGACGGUCCAGCGUAGGAAACUAGACAGAACUCUUUGGAAUCUGGAGGCCCAAAACCUUUUCCCCGAAGCUAAAUCGAUCAUCAUGACCAGAACACACUCUGAUCAUCACCCUCUCAAGUUUCUCUGCAAAACCGGUAAUCCUCCAAGGAGGGAAGCGAGACCCUUCAAGUUUGAGGGUGCCUGGCUAACGAGAGACGACUAUAGGGAUAUCUGGAGCAGAGUUUGGAGUAAUAAAUCUUUGGAUGUAGUGGGAGCUAUCGAAGAGGUAGCAAAGCAAAGCAAAGUGUGGAAUAAGGAUACUUUUGGUAAUAUUCUUGGCCGCAAAUCAAAGCUCCAGGCUUGUUUGAAGGGGGUCCAAGAAUCGGCCUUUUAUAACUCCUCAAGGGGGCUUCAAGUGAGAGAUGUCUUAGACAGCUUAACUGGGGAGGACUACGGUGGACCUAAACUAAACGCUACCCAAAUCCAUGAUCUUAGGCUGGAAGUGGAUGUCCACGAGGUCAAAAAAGCGGUCUUUGGCAUGAAAAAAUUCGGGAGCCCGGGGCCGGAUGGUAUUCAAGCGGCCUUCUACCAAACUUUUUGGGAGGAAGUUAAGAUCCCGAUUUACCUUUUCGUCAAAAAUGCUCUCAGUAAUGGUAUGGUUCCUAUUAAAACCCUUGAAGCCUUUAUCACUCUCAUCCCCAAAAAAGAUAGCCCGGAAAUGGCGAGUGACUUUAGGCCGAUCACCCUCUUGAAUGUUUGCCUCAAAAUUAUUUCUAAAGUGGUUGUUAACCGCAUGAGGCCUAUCAUGAAAAGCCUUAUCGAUCCCUUUCAAAAUAGUUUCCUUCCAAGGAGGUCCACGGCGGACAACAUCAUCUUGACUCAAGAGAUAGUCCACUUUAUGAGGCAGAAAAAAGGUAGCAAAGGGCUCAUGGUGGUCAAACUUGAUCUCCAUAAAGCCUAUGAUAGCAUUGCCUGGGAGUUCCUGGAAUCCACAGUGGUGGUAUCCGGGUUCCCCCAGAAUUUGAUCAGUUUGAUUAUGUUCUCUGUCAGGGAAAACUCAAUUUCUAUUCUUUGGAAUGGGGAGAAGUUAGCCCCCUUUCAACCCGACAUGGGGCUCAGACAAGGUAACCCCCUGGCCCCGUAUUUAUUUAAUCUGGUGAUGGAGAGGCUUUCUUGGGAUAUUCAGGAGGAAGUGCGGUUAAAAAAUUGA